GACAGCUUUGCUCUGGUGGACGCCCUGCUGCAGCAGUUACCCGGCAUUGUGAAGGCAGGAUCGCCGCGGGUGGUCCUGGAGGUCGGUUGUGGCAGCGGGUACGUCAUCUGCUCUGCAGCGAUUGCGCUCCGCCAGGCGGCCGCGGCGGCUGAUCGGACGCCAGGCAGCAGCUUCCUCGCGGUGGACAUCAGCGCCCCUGCGCUGGCUGCCACCGCCCGGACGCUCGCGGCACACGAGGUUUCAGGCGUGGACCUUGUGCGCUCCGACCUUCUGGGACCCCUCAGCACUCGGCUGCAGGGCUGCAUAGACCUGCUGCUGUUCAAUCCGCCAUACGUGCCAACGCCCGACGAGGAGGUGGAGCGCGACGGCAUCGCGCGCGCUUGGGCGGGCGGCUACCGCGGGCGGCGCGUCAUUGACCGGGUGCUGCCACUGCUGCCGGACCUGCUGGCGCCGGGAGGCCACUUCUUUAUGGUGACCGUGCUGGAGAAUGAGCCCGAGGGCGCUGUCGUACUGCAGCGUGGCGCCGACGAGGAGUGCCUGAAAAUACUGCACCUGCGGAAGGAUGCGGGAGCUGGCUGA